AUGUCUUCCGCAGCUUCUCCAUCCGCGUCCCCUCUCACGCCUACGGAAAUCAUUGAUGAAAUUCUAAUGAGAAAAGCAUAUUAUCCAGAGUUCGAUCUUGGCCGAUUAAUCACUCAAAUAGACGCUCUUCUUGCGCUUUACGCCACUCAGCCGAGGGACAAAAGUCCCAUCGGCGAGAAAUUAGGUGAGCUCCCUUCGGCAUCAGAGACUCUCACUUUUGAAGACCAGGUGUCAACAAUUGUGGAACUAAUUUCCAAUGAGAUAAAAGAACAUUCUGGAAACAAAAAUCAAACGAUCAUAAGAGUGUUGAAUGCUUCUCAAAGUGUUCAUUGGAUUGCAGUGCCUUUCUUAGUGGUGGGGGCAGCUUUAAAAGUUAUAAGCACCAUUGACAAUAACAAGGAGUGUUUCAUACUUCUUGAGUCUAUGAAUAACUUGUCAAAAGUGAUACUCCAAUUUCAAAAUACUCCUAUUGGAAAGAUGGACUUGCAUGCUGAAUUGAAUGAGUCUGUACAAUUAAUUGUGAAAGGAGCCAUCCUUUCUUGCUCUCAGGAAAGUAAAGGAUAUAUGAGAGGGGACAAAGAUUUCAUGGAUAGACAGGAGCUUCAACAACUUACUAAAAAUAUAGAUGACAUGUGCAAUACACUUCAUGUGGAGGCCUUUGCUUUGACAAGCUUGGAUAUAGUUGGACCUGGACAUGUUUCGGCGUUCAACCAAGAUUCAACUAAAACAUCACCAGGUAGUUUCUACUCUUUGGUUAAGAAAUACAUUUACAUAUUGCAACAUUUCACAUCUUUGAACAGAAAAUUGAAUAAGUCAUUUGAAUUGCCUAUAAAUAAAUAA